GCUAACUUUCCCGCGCUUUAAUAACCUAGAAAAUUCCAAAGUCAAUUCUUUGAAGAAAUGUCUAGUAUGUACAGUAAAGUUUAUGAUGUGGGAGUUAUGCGACACUAUAUGAUAAAUUCAAUUUAUGUUAUCUAAAAUAAUUAUUUCUCGCGAUGACUUGAACAUUCAGUACCAAUGCGAUGACUGAAGAUAUUAUGGAAUAUUACUUUUACAACUUUACUGUCAAAUUUGACGAAAAGGCAAACUCGACUAUCUCGGAAUUAGAUAAUUCAAAUGUUACCAUUUCGUCGUGUCCUGUUUCAAGUGGCGUGCUGUAUAACUCAAGCUUUGGACUAGAUAUUGCAGUACCAGAGUGGGAAGCAGCGACUACGAUAAUAGUGCUAACCUUAGUAAUAUUGGGGACAAUUUUUGGAAACAUCUUAGUAAUACUUGGGGUUUUUACGUAUAAACCAUUACGAAUUGUUCAAAACUUUUUUAUAGUGUCGUUAGCUGCCGCGGAUCUAGCUGUGGCGGUCUUGGUGUUGCCACUCAACGUCGCAUACUCGACUUUAGGCAGAUGGUACUGGGGAAAGCAUUUGUGCAAGAUGUGGCUUACUUGCGAUAUUAUGAGCUGCACCUCGUCAAUACUGAACCUUUGUGCGAUAGCUCUCGACAGAUAUUGGGCGAUUACUGAUCCCAUAAACUAUGCCAACAAAAGAACGUUGAAAAGGGUAAUAGUUCAAAUUGCGGGAGUAUGGAUAUUAUCGUUGAUUAUAAGUUCCCCACCAUUACUGGGCUGGAAUGAUUGGCCAGAUGAGUUUACGUUAGAAACACCUUGCCAACUCACAUCUGAACCCGGUUAUGUAGUAUAUUCUUCUCUUGGAUCAUUCUUUAUUCCUUUAUUUAUAAUGACCAUAGUGUACAUUAAAAUAUACAUGGCUGCAAAGCAAAGAUUAAGGCGUCGGACCUUAGCAGCUAGGAUCCAGAAACCAGAAACGAAAAUUGAAAAUGCAGAUGAUAGUCAGAAUAAGGAAGACACUGACAAUGAUUCUGAUAGUGGUGAAAGCCUAAAUAGGCAAAGAAGGGCGUUCAACGACAUUAAGAAAAACUUUUUUAUGCCUUUGCUCUUAUUGCAUGACCCUGUGUCUAGGCAGAGGAUCGAGUCUAAUAUGAAGCAGCUACAAUCUGAAGUGUCGCCUAGCAAUGGCGAUAGCUACACGACCAAAGUGGUGGGAUCGAUUAAAAAGAUAACUCACAGAAGAAAGAAGCAUGAAAAACCAUUGUUGGCCAAUGUUGGGAAAAGUGAUGACGUGGUGCAUCAGUUUAUAGAACAGAAACAAAAAAUAUCACUGUCCAAAGAACGACGCGCGGCGCGAACCCUCGGGAUCAUAAUGGGCGUUUUUGUCUUUUGCUGGCUACCAUUUUUCUUGAUGUAUGUCAUUUUACCGUUUUGUCCCUAUUGUUGCCCAAGCAACAGAUUAAUUAAUUUCAUUACUUGGCUUGGUUAUUUAAAUUCUACAGUUAACCCAAUCAUAUACACUAUAUUCAAUUUAGAUUUUAGAAAAGCUUUCAAGAAAAUAUUGUGCUUGAGUAGGUAAUCGACUGACGUUAUUGUAAA